AUGCGACUGUAUUUUGGUGGCGCAGACCUCAGGGCUGACCUCAGACUCUCCCGGGAGACCAUCACCUCCCUCACUGCCGCAUUAAGGCAGGAGACUGACCAUGGGUGGAGCCGAGACAUCGAGGUGCUGGUGUUCCUGUACUGGCUGGCACACGCAGCAUCCUACCGCGUGGUGUCCCGGGCCUUUGCGAUCCCCAGGUCAUCUGUGCACGACAUUGUGCACAGAGUGAGCAAAGAUGUCAGUGGGAUCAUCAAAAGGGUCAUCACUCUGCCAACGGGUGAUGAUCUGGAGGUGAUAGGAGCAGGGUUUGCUCACUUGGCCGGAUCUCCAGCCUUCACAGUGGCAGUGGGUGCCAUUGACGGGUGCCACAUCCGCAUAAAACCCCCAUCAGCCAACGCACAGUGCUACCUCAACAGGAAGCUUUUCCACUCCGUCCAGCUGCAAGCCAUCUGUGACCACCAGGGAAAGUUUUUAGACAUUUUUGUUGGGUAUCCUGGCUCUGUGCACGAUGCAAGGAUUUUAAAGAACAGCCCCUUGUAUAAAGAGGCAUUGUACCCACCUGCGGGAAGAUGCAUCCUUGGGGAUGGGGGUUAUCCGUGCAUCAGCACGCCCAUCAAGCUCCUGACCCCGUAUCGAGAGCCUGUACAGAACCCUGUACAGGCUCGCUUUAACCGCAAGCUCUCUCGGGCCCGGUGCGUCAUUGAAAGAGCAUUUGGGAUGCUGAAGACACGCUGGCGCUCCAUUUUCUUCAAGGCCCUUGAGGUGAGCCCUGUCUUCGCCCCAGAGGUCGUGGCAUGUUGCGCAGUGCUCCACAACCUGUGCAUUGCUCAUGGUGACAUCAUUGAGCCAGAUGUUCCAGAGGAGGAGGAUGCUCAUGCCCCAGAGCCUGCACAAACAGAGGAAAGAUCAGGAAACGAGGCACGGGAGAACCUGGCUGCAGCUGUCUCUGCACCCCAGAUGGCCGUACUAGCUCUUCUUGAGCAUGAUUAUCUUUAG